GUUGGGCAGUGAAUGGGGGAAGUACGGGUGCUGCAGAAUUUGUGGGCUGCCAAUCGGGAUCUGUAUGCACAUCUGGAAGGAUACUAGGGGCUCUACAGGCCUGUGUGCAAAUUCUUGGUUGCGGGACAAUAUUUGUUCCCACCAUCGCACCAGCUUGUACUGCACUUAUGGGACUGGCCACGUUGCCAAGUCAUACUGCAGUGCUGGUAUGUGAAAGACCAGGAUGUACUAGACCGCUGGUGCUCACCAGUUCACCAAAUUGUAGCGCGGCACUAGUACUGGCACUCUGCUGCAUAUGAGAGUCAUC